AUGGCUGACGCUCUAAAGGCCGAGGGCAACAAGGCCUUCGCUGCUAAGGACUACCCGACUGCCAUUGACAAGUUCACUCAGGCAAUCGAGCUCGACGCUACCAACCACGUCCUCUACUCCAACCGUUCCGCUGUCUACGCCGCCCAGCAAGAAUACGAGAAGGCGCUUACCGACGCUGAGAAGGCCGUCGAGAUCAAGCCCGACUGGUCCAAGGGCCACCAGCGCAAGGGUGCCGCCUACCGUGGAAUCGGAGAUUUACUGGCCGCCCACGAUGCGUACGAAGAGGCGAUCAAGCUCGAGCCCGGCAACACCCAGGCCAAGAACGGUCUCGACGCCGUGAAGCGCGCCAUCAACGCCGAGGCCCAGGCUGACGGUGUCACCGGCGACCCCAUGGGCGGACUCGGCAACAUCUUCAACGACCCCCAGCUCUUCCAGAAACUCGCCAGCAACCCCAAGACCUCCGGAUUCCUCGCCGACGCCGACUUCAUGAACAAACUCAAGAAGAUCCAGCAGAACCCGAACAACAUUGGCGAGGAGAUCAAGGACCCGCGAUUCCUGCAGGUGAUGAGCGUUUUGCUUGGUAUUGAUAUGAACUUCGGCGCUCCUCCCCAGGAUGGUCCCUCCGCGGCUGCUGCUGAGGCUGAAGAGGACGUCCCGAUGCCCGACGCCCGCCCACCUCCCCCGAAGAAGGAGCCUGAGCCCGCGCCCGAGCCUGAAGAUGAGGAGGCUGCUGCCAAGAAGAAGGCGCAGGAGGCUGGUGACGCCGAGAAGAAGAUCGGUAACGACUUCUACAAAAAGAAGCAGUUUGACGAGGCUAUUGAACACUACACCAAGGCGUGGGAGCUGAACAAGGAUGUCACAUACCUCAACAACAUCGGUGCGGCCAAGUUUGAGAAGGGCGACCUCGAGGGUGCCAUUGAGACAUGCAAGACCGCCAUCGAGGAGGGCCGUGACCUCCGCGCCGACUUCAAGCACAUCGCCAAGGCCUUCACACGAAUUGGUACCGCGUACGAGAAGCUGGGAGACCUUGAGAAGGCUAUCGAGAACUACAACAAGUCUCUCACCGAGCACCGAACCCCCGACGCCCUCACCAAGCUGCGCAACGCCGAGAAGGCCCGCGACACGGCCAAGAAGGAAGCCUACAUCGACCCCGCCGAAGCCGAGAAGGCCCGUGAGCUCGGCCAGCAGAAGUUCCAGGAAGCCGACUGGCCCGCUGCCGUCGACGCCUUCACUGAGAUGACGAAGCGAGCCCCCGACGACCCCCGUGGCUUCAGCAACCGCGCCGCCGCGCUGAUCAAGCUGAUGGCGUUCCCCCAGGCCGUCCAGGACUGCGACGAGGCCAUCGCCCGCGACCCCAAGUUCUUCCGCGCCUACAUCCGCAAAUCGCAGGCUCUCGCCGCCAUGAAGGAAUACAGCCGCGCCAUCGACGCCUGCAGCGCCGCCGCCGAGCACGACGACGGCAGCCACGCGCGCGAGAUCGAGCAGCAGCAGCAGAAGGUCCUGGACGCGCAGUUCAGCGCCCGUGCCGGCGAGACCGAGCAGGAGACCAUGCAGCGCAUCCAGAACGACCCAGAGAUCAUGUCCAUCCUCCAAGACCCCGUCAUGCAGAGCAUCCUGCAACAAGCCAAGGGCGACCCCGCGGCCCUGCAAGAGCACAUGAAGAACACGCAGGUCCGGCUGCAGAUCCAGAAGCUGAUGGCCGCCGGUGUGAUCCGUCUCGGGCGGUAA